AUGGCGGAUUCUAUCAAUCCCCCCCUCUCCUACGAGGCUUCAGCGACCACCACUCAUCCUCACCAGGCAACCUCCCUGCCCACCGAGGUGGUGGCCUGCUUGAAGAACUCCCGCUUCCUGCAUCUGGCAACAUGUGAUAACCUCACCCCGCACAUCUCCCUCAUGGCCUAUACCUACCUCCCGUCGACUCCCUACGACCCCUACCCAACGAUCAUCAUGACUACCAACCCCGCAUCCCGCAAGACCAACCACCUCCUAUCUAACCCGCGCGUUUCGCUCCUGGUCCACGACUGGGUAUCUCACCGUCCACCUACCCGGGCACCCAAUGCCCAAGGAGACCGGGAAGGAUCUCCUCCUCCCGCGGCUACCCGCUCCUCGCUCGCUAGCCUCCUGCUCAACCUGAACACCAGUGCGCUGUCCAGCAUCUCCACCACGAUCACCGGCCAGGCGCGCUUCCUUGAGCCGGGUUCGGAAGAGGAGGCUUGGUGUAAGGAGCGCCACCUGGAGAACAACACCUUUGAGGAAGAGGAGAUCAACCUGUUCGGGCAGCAGCAGCGGCAUGAUCCUAGUGUCCGCCGCCCGAGUAUGUCCAUCGACGGCGAUGUACGAGUGGUUACGGUGCGGGUGCACGAGGGCCGUAUUGCGGACUGGAAGGGUGGAGUUCGUGACUGGGUCUUGCUGCCGCCUGAGAAUGAGCAGGCUGGUCUAGUCAAUGGCGUAUAG